UCUUUGGGGGAUGGGUACACAGAUUAUCUGAAAACAAUUGAGUGCAACAGGGAAAUCUAGGAGGAGUCUUGCUUUUCUUCCUCCCUGAACUUGGCGGCCCAGUGACAGGAAGGAGGACAGGCACUCCGGGGCUGAGCUCGCCUCAGGGCGCGGCGUUCCUGGCCAGCGCUCUUUCCUGACCACCCACCCGCCUAGGCGCAGAUUUAGCCUGGCCGCGGGGUUCCUGGGGCAGGCGGGUGGCACCGCGCGCUCUGCCUCGGGUGCUUGGGCACUGCCGUACUUGUACUUGUUCGAAGUGGCUCCUCGGGUGUCGCUGCUCGCUGCUCUCGUCGUUUUCUAGGGUCCCUGACGACGGAGCCCAUCCCGUCACCGGGGACCGCGGCACACAGAGGCGGGGGUCGCCGGGGCCUCACGGGGCGGCGCUGGGCUAGAGGGCAGGCGCUGGGCCCGCCCCGCCGGCAUCCCUGGCCCGACUUCCUCCUGCCGCGGGCAGCCGGCCCAGCUGGAGGAAGCGGCGGCGGCGGCCACGAUGAGCGCGGGCGACGCAGUGUGCACUGGUUGGCUUGUCAAGUCGCCCCCUGAGAGAAAGCUUCAGCGCUAUGCUUGGCGCAAGCGCUGGUUUGUCCUCCGGCGAGGCCGUAUGAGUGGCAACCCUGAUGUCUUGGAGUACUACAGGAGCAAGCACUCAAGCAAGCCCAUCCGCGUAAUAGACCUCAGUGAGUGUGCUGUGUGGAAGCAUGCAGGUCCUGGCUUCGUUCGCAAGGAAUUUCAGAAUAACUUCGUGUUCAUUGUCAAAACUACUUCCCGUACAUUCUAUCUUGUGGCCAAGACAGAGGAGGAAAUGCAAGUGUGGGUGCACAGCAUCAGUCAGGUGUGCAACCUUGGCCACAUGGAGGACAAUGCAGCAGAUUCCAUGGACAGCCUCUCUCGCACACCCUCCUCCCUGCAACCGUCCUCUGCCAGCUCCCUUCCUACUGCCUCUGCUGCCAGCUCCUCUUUGCCAACAGAUGACCCAAACACUAAUACCAUAGCCACUGAGGAAACCGGAAGUGAGUCAGACUUUCCCUUUCUUCCUGAUUAUCUGAUUCUGUCCAACUGUGAGACUGGAAGACUGCACCAUGCCAGAUGUGAUAGCUGGUCAAACUCCGAUCGCUCAUUGGAACAGACUUCUUUCGAUGAUGUUUUUGUUGACUGCCUUCAGCCAUCAUCCUCAAGUAACUUGAUCCACCCCUCACGACUUGGGAAUGGAUCUCAGGAAAUGCCAUCCAUGAGGCCACCAGCUGCCCUUAUCUGGGGUAGAGAAAUCAAUGGGCCGACCAGGGACCACUUGUCUUGUUCACCACUACUGGAAAGUUUCCUAAAUUCCACAAUCCAGGUAGAUAGAAACCAAGGUUUCUUGCCCUGUGGGUCAAAAGAACUAGACACCAUGUCCAACACUCCACCUCCCCGCCCCCCUAAGCCAAGCCAUCUGUCUGAGCGGCGUCAAGAAGAACAGCUCCUGUGGAGGGGGGACAGCAGCAGCAAGAAUUUAGAAUGCACUCUGGCUCCAAGAAGAAUCUCUCUUUCGGGUUUGGACCAUGUGAGGUCCUGGAGAGUUGAUGUAGAAGGCCAAUCCUUAAGACACCGAGAAAAACGGCUUAGUUUAAACUUGCCAUGCAGGUUCUCCCUGACGUACCACACAUCUUCAGCCCAUGCUGAAGACAGCUAUGUCCCCAUGAGUCCUCAAGCCAUUGUCAGCAGUCUUGGAACCCACUGCAACCAGGAUGACUAUAUCCCAAUGAGCUCAGGAAGCAUCUCAACUCCACUACCAGAGCUACCUGCAAACUUGGAGCCUCCCCCAGUGAACAGAGAUCUCAAGCCCCAGAGGAAAUCACGACCACCUCCCUUGGAUCUGCGAAACCUGACAACCAUCCGAGAGCAUGCAUGUCUAAGCAGGACCCACACCGUGCCUUGCAAUCGAACCAGUUUUCUGUCUCCAGAAAGAAAUGGCAUUAAUUCUGUGAGAUUUUUUGCCAAUCCUGUUUCCAGAGAAGAUGAAGAAAGCUACAUCCAAAUGGAGGAACGCCGGACAGCCAACUCCCUGAGUGGUGGUGGUGCUCUCACAUGGACCAAGAAAUCCAGCCUAGAUUAUUUGGCUUUGGACUUCAAUUCAGCAUCACCAGGCCCUGGACAGCAGAAACUUCUCCUUUCAGAAGAGCAAAGAGUAGACUAUGUGCAAGUGGAUGAGCAGAAGACACAAGCACUCCAGAACACAAAGCAGGAGUGGACGGAUGAGAGGCAAUCAAAAGUAUGAGAGGUGGAGGCUCAGGCCACAUUCCCAGCAAAGAAACUGGGGGCUCAGUCUAAAUUUUUUUUUUUUGCUGAAACCAUCCCACUGGGCAACACAGGAGGUUGGAACUAAGAGAGAAUGUGGACUUUCCGUGGUCUUAGUUGGAGCUUUUACGGAACGGGCCAGCCGCACCUAGCACUCUCUGCUCUUCCCUUCUGCAACUACAAAGCCAGUACCCAGUCACAGGAGGCAGACAUUGAGGGUUCCACAGCUACAGACUGGAAUACAAAAACUUCAUUCAUUUGGACAAGUCAGCAAUGACAAAAAAGACUUGGGAGAAUAUUUUCCUCCAAAUUUUGUUUAAAAAACAUCCCCAAAGGAGAAUUCUGAGUAAAGAUUGGGGCCACCAUCACAAUCAACAAGAUAGCAUCAUUUGAGUUCAACGUCUGAAAUUCUGACUUCUCAUGUCUUUUGAUCACAGUCAUAACUUAACAAAGGGAUUGCUGGAGGUUAUCUUGACCUAAGCUCCAAAAACACAGUUGAAAAGAUCAAGCCUAGCACUCGUGGCACAAUGCACCCUCCUUAAUCUAAAGGUUUCAUCAGAGCAAUCAUUUACAUCCCCAAAGAAAGAAUUCAAGUGACAACGGCCAUGAGUUCCAUGCUCUAAGGACACAGUCAGUAGUCGGCUACUUGUAGCCAGGGAUUCUGUUUUUGCUAACGUUUUCCAAGUGUGCUUUCACAGACAUCAUGUCAUCUCUUCUCAAAAUACCUCAGGAGCUGGAUGUGCCAGACACAGUCACUCCCAUUUUAAGGAAAAACAAAAAACAUAACUGAAAACUGGAAGAAGGAACACUUUGCCAGAGAACAGUGCCAGAGCUAAACCACGGAAGCAGGCUUACAACAGAGUUGUCCAGGCUACCAAGUGUGAGCUCAUUCCACUCUCUCACACAGCCUAGGGUUUUGAGGAAAUUGAUGUAUUGGGUCAAUCUUGAAGAUGUGUGCGAAACACCUAUAGUACAGGACAAGUCACCAUCUUCUCACCAUUUUCUAGAGAUUGAAACCAGUGCUUUGAUGCUUGAAAUGUGUGCAUAUCUAAUGAGGGCUUGAUCAGGCUAAAACACUAGCAUCUUCCAUCACUGCAUUUAGAAAUACCUUCAGAUGUAUUGGUGUGAAAUCCAUUCUUGGAUCACACUACUAUGCAAUGUGUUUUUAUAUGAGCUAGCUAAUGUUGCCAGAUAGAUUUUUUGCCACCUCAUGGAAGGCACAAGUCAUCCCUGGCUGUCCUGUGAUGCUCCUAAGCAGGUUUUGAAUGAGAGAUGACAAAAAAAAAAGAAAAG